CCGAACAAAAACCCUAACUGGCCACGCCCUACGGCCCGCCCGAUCGCCAUCCCUGGCGGCCCCUCUCAUACCCUGCUUUGCUCCCCCUUCCCUUCGACAAAAUAAAACAGAAGCAAGAAAAAGUUCACAAUUUGCGGUGAUUUCAUCCCUCUGGUAGCCAGCGAAUAGGUCCGGCGGAAGGUGGAUGAGAGGUGGAGAGCUACGAUGCUCUCUGCCACCGUUUUGCGGGGCUGCCGCCAGCUUCGCCGCCGCUUCGCCAUGCCUGUAGCUCCGACCCUUCUGUUUCGGUCUUUCUACCCUGCAAAUCCUACCCUUAGACCUAGGGUUACCUCAAACCUUGGUCCCACCUUCGCGCCCAUGAAGACCGGCGGCGGCUCCACCUCCGGUGUCUACGUGCCGCCGAUCCCGCGACGGCUCCGGUCCAUGAUCAGCUCGGCGAACGGGACCCUCAGCGCUGCGAGGUCUGUCGACUACGAUUGGCGUGAUGGGGUUGGGCAGGGAGUGGCUCUCAGUCCGACGUCCUCUGCGUCGGCUGCUUUGGGAGCCGAUGGAUAUCUGCCUUAUUUACACCAGCAAAGCUCGCACUACGCCAGGUAUGCGUACGAGGAUUACCCUGACGACGAGUCCGAUCGCGACGUGGAGCCAUCAUCCGCGUCUGACAAGGGUGCAUCAACUUUGGAAAAUGUUGAUGAAUGGAAGUGGAAACUAAGCAUGCUUCUCCGAAAUGAAAGUGAGCAAGAAUUAGUGUCAAGGGAAAGAAAAGACAGGCGUGACUUUGAGCAUCUUGCAACAGUGGCUGAUAGAAUGGGCUUAUGCAGUCGACAGUAUGCAAAGGUCAUUGUCUUCAGUAAGGUGCCAUUGCCAAACUAUAGACCAGACCUUGAUGAUAAAAGGCCUCAAAGAGAGGUCUCUAUUCCUAUUGGUUUGCAUAGACAAGUAGAUUCUUUACUUGAGGAUUAUCUCACUCGAAAGAGAAAAAAUCUUGAAAAUUUUCCUAGUGUUGGAUUUUCCAGAACAAGUAGCACUGACAGUUUUGCUACCAAUGAAAGCCUUUUUGAACAACAAGACAUACAAACAUCUAAAAAUAUUGUGAUGGAGAAAAACCUCAGAAGGAAAAGUUUUCAGCUCCGUAAUCAACAACAGAAUUGGCAGGAAUCUCCAGAAGGUGUGAAGAUGCUUGAAUUUCGCAGAAAUCUUCCAGCUUAUAAAGAAAAGGAAGCUUUGUUGUCAGCCAUAUCUCAAAAUCAGGUGGUGGUUGUUUCAGGUGAAACAGGAUGUGGUAAGACUACACAACUACCUCAAUAUAUUUUAGAAUCUGAGAUAGAUGCAGCACGUGGAGCGACCUGCAGUAUUAUUUGUACUCAGCCUAGACGAAUAUCAGCAAUGGCUGUUUCGGAGAGGGUUGCUGCUGAAAGGGGAGAGAAAUUGGGUGAAUCUGUUGGAUAUAAAGUUCGUCUGGAAGGCAUGAAAGGAAGGGAUACUCACUUACUUUUUUGCACAACAGGAAUCUUGUUGAGGAGAUUGCUAGUUGAUAGAAACUUAAAAGGUGUUACUCAUGUUAUUGUCGAUGAAAUUCAUGAACGUGGAAUGAAUGAAGAUUUCCUUCUCAUUGUUCUAAAAGAUCUUCUCCCCCGUCGACCUGAACUUAGGUUAAUUUUGAUGAGUGCGACUCUGAAUGCUGAAUUGUUCUCUUCCUACUUUGGCGGUUCUCCAAUGCUGCACAUCCCUGGUUUUACCUAUCCAGUUCGUACACAUUUUUUGGAGAGUGUUCUGGAAAUGACUGGCCAUAGGUUGACCCCAUACAAUCAAAUUGAUGAUUAUGGCCAAGAUAAAACGUGGAAAAUGCAGAAACAAACUCUCAGGAAAAGGAAAAGCCAGAUUGCUUCUGCUGUUGAGGAUGCCUUAGUGGCUGCAGAUUUCAGGGAGUAUGGUUCACAGACUCGUGAGUCACUAUCUUGUUGGAAUCCAGAUUCCAUUGGUUUUAACCUUAUAGAAGGUGUUCUUUGCCAUAUUUGUCGGAAUGAAAGGCCUGGUGCAGUUUUGGUGUUUAUGACUGGUUGGGAUGACAUCAACUCUCUCAAAGAUCAGUUGCAAGCUAAUCCUCUUCUUGGAGAUCCUACAAAGGUUCUACUUCUCGCAUGCCAUGGCUCAAUGGCUAGUUCAGAGCAGAGGUUAAUAUUUGAUAAACCUGAAAAUGGUGUGAGGAAAAUAGUUCUUGCAACUAACAUGGCUGAGACAAGUAUCACAAUCAAUGAUGUGGUUUUUGUUGUCGAUUGUGGAAAGGCAAAGGAGACUUCAUAUGAUGCUCUAAAUAACACCCCUUGUUUGCUUCCAGCCUGGAUUUCCAAGGCAGCUGCUAGACAAAGAAGAGGGAGAGCUGGUCGUGUACAGCCUGGGGAGUGCUAUCACCUUUAUCCAAAAUGUGUCUAUGAUGCAUUUGCUGAUUACCAAUUACCUGAGCUUUUAAGGACACCCUUACAAUCUCUUUGCCUGCAAAUCAAAAGUCUUCGUCUUGGAAGCAUAUCUGAGUUCUUAUCCAGGGCAUUGCAGUCACCAGAACGUCUUUCAGUUCAAAAUGCCGUUGAAUAUCUUAAAGUAAUUGGUGCAUUGGAUGAGAAGGAAGAAUUGACCAUUCUAGGACAUCACUUGUCAAUGCUUCCGUUGGAACCCAAAUUGGGAAAAAUGCUUAUUUAUGGAGCUAUGUUCAACUGUCUUGAUCCUAUAUUGACUGUUGUUGCUGGUCUAAGUGUUAGAGAUCCAUUUUUGACGCCCUUUGAUAAGAAAGAUUUGGCAGAAUCUGCAAAAUCUCAGUUUUCUUCCCGUGAUUAUAGUGAUCAUCUUGCUUUGGUUCGAGCUUAUGAGGGAUGGAAGAAUGCAGAAAGAGAGCAGUCUGGAUACGAAUAUUGCUGGAAGAACUUUCUUUCAGCACAAACUUUGAAAGCUAUUGAUUCUCUUCGAAAGCAGUUUCUUCCUCUUCUGAAGGAAUCUGGUCUUGUUGAUGAUAAUUUAAUUACUUGCAACAAAUGGCAUCGAGAUGAAAGCCUUGUCCGUGCUGUAAUAUGUGCUGGCUUAUAUCCAGGGGUCUGUUCUGUUGUUAACAAGGCAAAGUCUAUAUCUUUGAAGACAAUGGAUGAUGGUCAAGUUAUGCUUUACUUUAAUUCAGUUAAUAGCAAGGUGGCAAAGAUUCCAUAUCCAUGGCUAGUUUUCAACGAGAAGAUUAAGGUUAAUUCUGUGUUUCUUCGGGAUUCAACUGGUGUAUCUGAUUCUGUACUGCUGCUCUUUGGGGGAAACAUUUUGCGAGGCGGACUUGAUGGUCACGUGAAGAUGUUGGAUGGUUACCUGGAAUUCUUCAUGAAGCCCGACCUACAAUCAACUUAUCUUAGUCUCAAAAGAGAGCUCGAAGAACUUAUUCAACGCAAACUUGUCAAUCCUAGAAUGGACAUACAGGGCAGUGAGGAUCUCCUUUCAGCAAUUAGAUUGCUAGCAGCAGAAGAUCCUUGCGAUGGUCGUUUUGUCGUUGGUCGACAGGAGCUGAGACCAAAGGCAGCAAAGUCCCUGCUUGAAAGCAGCUCAGGUGGUGGUGAUAACUCCAAGAACCAAUUGCAGACAUUGCUCAGCAGAGCUGGGCACCAGAACCCUACUUACAAGACAAAGCAACUCAGGAAUGAUCGUUUCCGAGCGAUGGUUGAGUUCAAUGGAAUGCAGUUUAUUGGGCAACCUUGUAACAGCAAGAAACUUGCGGAGAAGGAUGCUGCAUCGGAAGCCUUGGAGUGGCUCAAGGGUGGUGGCCCAUUGCCUAGUUCAAGGGACACCAAUCCCAAAUCCAUGCUGCUCAAAAAAAGUAAAAAGCAACAACACUACAGUUAAAGUGACACAUCUUGAACAAGAAGCAAUGCCACAGAAGUGUCUGCAUAUGGAACAAGACCUGCCAUGGCAGAGUUUACCAAGUCUAUUUUUUUAGCUUCUCCCCAAUUGUUGAGGAGCGAUACACCUUAGCGUCAUAGAAAGUUGGUCAUAUGUACUUUCAUUUUUCAUUGGGAUAACUUCACAGGCAUCCAAAUUCUUGGACUCUAGAGGUCUUGGAGAACAGGUGGGAACUUGGAUAAGGUGGAUUAGAUGGACAAAACAUGUAAUUUAGUUCUUGUAUAUUGAGUUCCAACUCACUUGUGCUUUCUGUGUUAGAACAGCCAGUUUGUGGCCAGGCAAUCUGCAUUAAUAAUGCUCACUUAUAUAUUUA